AAUUGUCUAUUUACACGUAGAGCCAUUCUCACAGGUUGAAAGUGAUCAGCGGGUUCCUGGUUGGUGAACGGCCAGGGACCCGGGCCAGGCCAGCGGAGACAAGUUGUGCUUCUAGACCUCAUCAAGGAAAGUUUUAUGGAGGGGUACAAAGGAUAGUCGGAAGGGCUAGCCUGGCUAGUCAGACUUCCACCCUCGUCGUCUAAGUAACUAACGUGGGGAAGGGACGGCUUUGAAAAGGGGGUGUCUCCUCAGAAGGGUUCCUGAGUCCCGCCCAGAGAAAGUGCGGGCUAUGCGGAAAGCUUUGUCCUGCUUGUUACUCCUGCUGUUGGCUGCAGGUGGCGCCCGUUCGAGCACCGAGGACGAAUUGUGUCGAGCCAGGCGACACCAGACGGAAUCGCCGGCCGGAGCCUUUCAAUGUCCGAAGCGGCUCGACGGCGCGGACGCCAAGUGCUCUUGCCAGGUUUUCCGCCCGCCCUCCUGUUGCUCGUCGGGCGAGGCCGUCCUAGGUGAACAGCGGGGUCCUCGCGCCGCUCAUCUCAAGGAGGGAGUCUCUGCCGCUGGCCCAGGAACCACAAAGCCCCCGAAUAAUAGGCUCUUUCGGAACUGGUGGGGUGCAAUUGUAUUUUUCAUUGUGCUAGCUGUUGGCACAGUCGCUUGGAAUGUCGUCCGCUACUGCAGGGAGCGAUACAGCCCUCAGAGGAGAGACCUCAGUCUUCCAAAUGCAUUCAGUGGGCGAAUCUGGCUGGAAGAUUUUGGCCCUCCUCCACCAAUCCAAACCCUUGGCGUCCCUCCCCCAUAUACUGCAAGCCCACCUCCCCCUUAUGCUGCAGAUCCACCCCCCUAUAGUGUUGAGGACCCUCAAGACAACAGAGAUCCUCCCCCUCCAUUUCCCAACUCACCUGUUGUGCCGUUUCCUUGCGCAAAUGGUGGAAGUGCAGAGGAGGGGGCUGCCGUCUGGCCUGCCAUGCAGAGAAAUGCUCCUGGGUGCUUUUUAGGACCUACCUUGGAAACAGAAUUGCCAGUGGACUCCUGAUGGACACUUCUGAGACUAUUUAUGGAAUGUGAUGCUGCUGGAUUAUCUUUGGCUUGCUUUUAGGAUCCAGGAAAUGGAUCAGCCCUAACAUACUUGUAAGAGUGAAUUCUUCGCCGUUGUGUAAGGUCUCUCAAACAAAACUGUGGCCUGGUUUCCUUGGGAUGAGAGAUCCACAGAACUUGGGAGAAACUGGCUUUCUUCACACGGAGGGGAGAGGCUGGCUAAAUAAAAAACAGCAGUUUGAUAGUUUUGAGAGACUGCGUCCACCUCGAGGAACAGUCUCUCCUCCCCCCAUCUACUGUGGACUGGUGAAUCUGCUGCAACGCAGGACUGUCUGUUUGCCUACACUUAUGCUGUUUAUCUGCAAAUAAUCCAACUAUUACAAAGACAAUGCAGAAAUGUUGACACCUUCUCUUUCCCUCCCUGAGCAAUAUAGUCAUUGGGUGGGAGGGUGGGAAAGAGCCAGUCUAGCUGUGGAUCUUUCCCUUAGGGGUGAGACUCUUUAGAUGGAUGGCAGAGGUGUUCAACGUCAAAUCUGCCAAAAAGAACUUAGUUCCAAUUAAUGUAGAAAGGAUCGCAUAAUUCCGAAGGAGCAAGUCCCUUUUAAAGCCACGAACAAAUGUUAGCGCGCUCGAAUCGGGCACGAGAUGGAUCGGUUGUCAAUUUACGUAGGGAACCUUUUUGGCCCCUGCGGGGGGAGGGACAGAGGGUUAGAAAUGCAUGGAGAGCCGCUUCUUAGCGGAUGGGCGGGGAUCGGGGCCAAGCCAGCUGAGGUGAGUUGUGCUGCUGGGCCUCGUCCGGGAGUUUCUUCGAGGGAUAUAAAGCCUGGGUGGGCGGGCUUGCGUGUGGCGCUUGCUUGGCUCCGGACAGAGGCGUAGCGGGCGGGUCAGACGCGGAGAGUGGCGAUAGCGGGAGGCAAAGACUGCUUUGGAAAAGAGGCGUCUCUUUGUCGCCCCGACCACGAGUGUAAGCUAUGACGACGGCGCCGCUGUGCCUGCUAACUUUGCUGUUGGCUGCGCGGAGCGCCUCUACCGAAGGCGAGAGCGAAUUAUGUCCAGCGUGGACGUCCAAGGCUGAGUCGCGGGUGAGAGUUUUCCAACGUCCACAGGAGCGUGAAGGCGCGGACGCCACGUUCUGCUGGGGGACUUGUAGCCUGCCCUGCUGUUGUGCUUCGGGAGAGGCCCGCCUCGGCCAACGGCGGUGUCCCCGCGCCCUGCACCUCGAGGCAAACGCUGCCGGAGGCCCAGAACCCCCACAGUCCCCGAUUCAUAACCUACUCCAGAGCACUCACCGACUCCAGGCACUUGGACAUGGUUUCUACAGCCAACCUCGGUGAAGAUUUAAAUGAGACAUAGAGCUGCGUGUCAUCCGCAUAUUGGUGACGCUGCAGCCCAAAUCUCCUGAUGAUAGCCCCCAGCGGCUUUAUAUAGAUGUUAAAUAGCAUCGGGGAGAGGAUGGAGCCCUGCGGCACCCCACAAGUGAGAGGCCAAGGAUCUGAAACGUCAUCCACCAAUGCCACUCUCUGGUACCUAUCAGAGAGGAAGGAAUGGAACCACUGAAGAACAGUGCCCCUUAUGCCCAACCCCUCCAGUCGGUACAAAAGGAUACUGUGGUCAACGGUGUCAAAAGCCGAUGAGAGAUCAAGGAGGACGAGGAAGGUGCCUUCACAACGCUCUCCUCAUAUCAUCCACCAAGGCUGUUUCAGUCCCACGUCCAGGCCUGAAGCCCAACUGAAAUGGAUCCAGAUAAUCUGCUUCCUCCAAGUGCGCUUGCAACUUGCAUGUAGGCACGAUAGCUGUGGUUAGACUUGUUGGCCCUUCUGGUUUUCAUCCUGCUACUCUUUCAUCCCGGUUUCGAGUACUGUUGGGAGAGGUACAGCUCUCGGAAAAGAGAACGCAUGGAUUCAAACAUAACGAAUGAGCACCUUGGGCAGACGCAGCUGGAAGAUCUUGGCCCGCCUCCCCCCUAUGCUUUGGAACCACCACCAUAUGGUGUGAAGAGCCCACGGGGCAAGGAUGACGUGCCUCCUCCAUUGCCUGAUUCGCCUAUUGUGCAGUUUCAUCAUGCAAAUACUGGAAAUGCCAAGGAUGUGGCUGUUCUUUGCACGCUCACGCAUAGAAGUGUUCUAAGACAUGCUUCAGGAACUUUCUUGGAAGCGGAGUCAUCAGCAGACCAGUGAUGUACUGAGGCAAUUAAGACUAUGGAUGUAAUUGCAUGCUGGAUCAUCGUGGCUUGCUUCAAGGAUCCAGGAAAUGAAGAACCCUUAUCUGAUGAUGCUUUUAACAGUGUUCCUUGACUACAUGCCCAUUGUGUGUAAGGCAUUACAUAAUGUAGUCUUUCCCUUGAUGGGCAGAACUAACUUUUGCUGUCUCAAGGAUGGGGAACCUUUGACCCUCCAGAUGUUGCUGAACUGCAGUUCCCAUCAGCGCUAGCAAGCAUGGCCAAUGGCCAAGUAUAAUGAGAGUUGUAGUUCAGCAGCAUCUGGAGGGCCACGGGUUCUCCACACCUGCACAGAGGUUGUUCUCUGAACCAGCUCCUUAGACAUUACUGGUGAAGACAGGUGGGCAAUGCAUAGGCACAUUUACUCCUGGAUGAUUAUACUUUGUGACAAUUUACUUGUGAAUAAUUCUGUUGGAGUGACUUCUGCUAUAGGAGGUAUAACCUGUAUAGCACUAGCUGGGAGCAUGGCUGGGCAGUUUCCAUGGGAGUUGUAUGGCACAUGAUACUCCAAGGCUUUUAAAACUUUGAAAUAGUAACAAUUACUUCCAUGCAUUAACUCUGAAGAGGCAAAACAGGCACACAUCAAUACUGGCCUCUUGAUUCAAAUGCCUCUGGGAUGCAAGAAGCUGUGUUUCUUUUUUAAAUCACAGAUGCUAAUAAAAUGCAUGUUUUCAUAUGUAUGUAUCAAUAAA